CAGAGUGACACGUCGCAAACUCGGCAUAAUCAAGGAGAACCUUUCCAGGUGGUGAUCUCUGAAAUUGCUCAGUGAGCACCCCUAAUUAACGUGAUUUUUUGAUGAUAAUCAGUCACAAUGGAAUCAAAUCAAAAAUCCGGGGAUGGAUUGGCCGGCACCCAGAAAGAAGCUGCCCUCCGCACAUUAAUUCAGCGCACGGGAUAUAAUUUGAUUCAGGAAAAUGGCCAAAGAAAGUAUGGAGGGCCACCACCAGACUGGGAUGGACCACCUCCUGAAAGAGGCUGUGAGAUUUUCAUCGGGAAGUUGCCCCGAGACCUCUUUGAAGAUGAACUUAUACCAUUAUGUGAAAAAAUUGGGAAGAUCUAUGAAAUGCGAAUGAUGAUGGACUUCAAUGGAAACAACAGAGGAUAUGCUUUUGUGACUUUUUCCAGCAAACAGGAGGCCAAGAAUGCGAUCAGACAACUGAACAAUUAUGAAAUUAGGAAUGGACGGCUCCUAGGGGUUUGUGCCAGUGUAGACAACUGCCGUUUAUUUGUAGGAGGAAUCCCUAAAACCAAGAAGAGGGAAGAAAUAUUAGCAGAAAUGAAGAAAGUUACAGAUGGUGUGAUUGAAGUGAUUGUAUACCCUAGUGCAGCUGAUAAAACAAAAAACCGUGGCUUUGCUUUUGUGGAAUAUGGCAGUCAUCGGGCAGCAGCUAUGGCAAGAAGAAAAUUGCUACCAGGAAGGAUACAAUUAUGGGGCCACCCUAUUGCUGUAGACUGGGCGGAGCCAGAGGUCGAGGUUGAUGAAGACACUAUGUCAUCGGUAAAAAUCCUCUAUGUGCGAAACUUAAUGUUAUCAACCACUGAAGAGACCAUUGAAAAAGAAUUCAACAAUGUUAAACCAGGAUCAGUUGAACGGGUAAAGAAAAUAAGAGACUACGCAUUUGUGCACUUUAAUAACCGAGAAGAUGCAGUUGAAGCCAUGAGAGUCUUAAAUGGGAAGGUGGUAGAUGGCUCUCCCAUUGAGGUCACAUUAGCCAAGCCAGUAGACAAAGACAGCUACGUCCGAUACACCAGAGGCACAGGAGGAGGACGAGGGACAGUUUUGCCAGAAUACACCUAUACAUUUGGGCAUGUAUAUGAUCCCGCUGCAGCCUACCUGGGAGCCCCAGUGUUCUAUGCACCUCAAGCCUAUGCUGCUAUUCCCAACCUCCAUUUUCCAGCUGCCAAAGCACACCUGAGCAACAGGGGUAUCAUCAGGCCUCCAUCAAUUAGAGAAAUUUACAUGAAUGUACCUGUAGGGGCUGCCGGAGUUAGAGGACUAGGAGGCCGUGGCUACUUGGCUAACCCUGCCCUGGGUCGUGGAUACCAGCUCAAAGGAGAAAAGAGGGGGGAGGACAAACUCUAUGAUAUUUUGCCUGGAAUGGAGCUUACACCAAUGAAUCAUGUCAGUUUAAAACCACAAGGAAUUAAGCUUGCUCCACAGAUAUUAGAAGAAAUCUGCCAGAAGAAUAACUGGGGACAGCCUGUCUACCAACUUCAUUCUGCCAUUGGCCAAGACCAAAGACAGCUGUUCUUAUAUAAGAUCACUAUUCCUGCCCUGGCCAGUCAAAACCCUACUAUGCAUCCCUUCACACCACCCAAGCUAAGUGCAUACAUAGAUGAAGCGAAAACGUAUGCAGCAGAAUACACCCUUCAGACCUUGGGCAUCCCCACAGAGGGGGCAGAGACACCAACUCCUACAGCUCCUUUUCCAGGAUACACCAUUGCGAAUGCAGCUGCCACUGUGGCAGCCACUCAGCUCAAGCAAGCGGUGACUCUGGGGCAAGAUCUGGCCACCUAUGCAGCCUACGAAGCAUACCCAGCAUUUGCAGUAGCUACACGUAGUGAUGCUUAUGGAGCUUUUUAAAAAUCAACUUGCUUUAUUUAAAGCAACUUAUUGCCUUGAGUUCAGUUGUGGCAGGGGAUAGGAGCUGCUUCAAGCUAAUGAUUAGUUGGACAUGGCGAUUUUGAAUUAAUGAUUGAGCAGAUUUAUUGAUGUCAGGAUAAUUCUUUGCUGUUAGAUUAGCAGUUUAGUCAUCAUAAAUAACGGAAAACACUGAUAAGUUUUUUGAAAUGGCUUUAAGUCAUUUUUAUACUGAAAAAGAAAUAACCGUAACCAAGAUGAAAAAGAAAGUUUCUCAAACACACUGUGUGGGGUUUGUGUUUACAGAUAAUAAUCCUUGAUGGAGAAUUUCCAAGAGUAUUUUUAAGAGUGUCUAGACUUUGGGGCUUGUGUAGUUAUUUACAUUCAUUGAUUUCCUAUUUGUUGUGCAUUUUAUAUAGUUAUGAAUUCUUAUAGGUAUAAACCCUUUUCAAUGGUUAAAACCAUGUGUACCAGGAGGCCACCAACAAGACUGAGUACUACCCAUGAUAGUAAAGAAUCCAAUAGCACCUUUUAAGACUAACCAACUUUAUUGUAGCAUAAGUUUUCGAGAAUCACAGUUCUCUUCGUCAAAUGCAAGAGAACUGUGGUUCUCGAAAGCUUAUGCUACAAUAUAGUUGGUUAGUCUUAAAGAUGCUACUGGACUCUUUACUAUUUUGCUACUACAGACUAACACAGCUAACUCCUCUGGAUCUACUACCCAUGAUGCUCCCAGUAUGUGCAGUCAUCAUUUUGAAUUGUGGCCUUUGUGCAGUAAAAGAGGCAUGGCGAAAAGCAGCCCUUUCAGAAGAGCUAGCUUCUGUUUUGUGAUAAUGGGAUGAACUGAAAAGAUGAGUAUAGUGUUUUAAGGUCAAAUCAGUCAGGAGGACCCCACCACAUUCUUAUUCAGAGUAUUUAGCUGAUCUAAUGCUUUUUCAGCAGCAGAAUAAUUAUUUUGAAACUGUUAAUUCCAAACAUACAAUUUGAACAUGCUGCUUGGUCCUAAGCAUUUUUACUCAGAAGUUAGACUCACUAUGUUCAAUGAGUCACCGGCCUGAAACCUUACACCAUCAUUACAAGUAAUUUUUUAACUGCAUGUAUUUUUAAAAUCACGUUUGUAAAACAAAUGAAAAUAGUACUGAGACUACAUUGUACACUUCAUCAAAAACAAAACAGGAAUCCAGUAUCACCUUACAGACAAAACAUUGGGGCCCCCUUUUUUUUGUUGUGGUUACAAACUAACUCAUAUGAUGCCUUAUGCUUCUAAUUUAUGUGGUGCUUUCCAAACUAAAAAAAUGGAUCAAAUCAUCACAAAUAAUUUAAAUUGGAUGACAUACAAAUGGGCUUCAAAGGGGACAAAAGGAAAAGUCCUUUGCAACACAUCUGUAGGAGAACCAGAAGAAGUUUGAUGAGCGCAAAGAGCAAGUCUGGCUUGAUACUGUCAAGUAGCAGCUAUACUGGAUGCAAGAGUAGCUCACACAUCUGCUUCCAUUAGAUAUGUGUAAUAUGAGAAUGACUCAAAGGUGAGCAUAUCUUUCUUCCUUGUUUUUACCCAAAGCACAUUCUUGAAAGAUGUCACGCUAUAAAUGCACAAUGUUGCUUUAAUCAUUAAGAGAAUAGAAAUAAGAGUUUGUGGGGAGAGGAUCCUUAGGAAUUCUGUAAUGAAAUUUUCCAAUUAUAGCCCAAAAAAUUCUUUAUGUUGUUUUACAGCCACAGAUUUAGCAUGUUGUUAACUGAAGAUGCACCAUGUUCUUAGCUACCAUCACAUUCUGUUCUCGAUACUGAAUGGUCUUAUUGGUUGAGUUGAAACCUACCACCUUUCCCCUAGCAUUGCAGAAAUGUACAUGGUAUGAACAGUGUCUGUUUCCAGCUAGUUCCAGAGAAUUUCAUCUUGUAAUCCCAUUCCAAAGGUAUCAGACACUGGAAUAAUCAAUGGUGUCUUUUUAUAUUAACUGUUAAAUAAAAGGUAUCACGAUCAAUUGAAUUUUAGCAAAGGUCCACAAAAUGGUUACCAGAUAGCCAAUGGAGGCCAUAAAAUUAAUUCUGUUGACCAGUUGGUAAAGGCUGUAAUAUAACACCUUUUUAAAAUAAUGUAACAUGUUUAAAGAAAAGCCACUGACAACACGGGAACACAAUCCUAAGUGUCACCACAGUGGAGUGGAGGAUCACUCUGCUCCCCAUAACAUGUAACCUUUUAAGAAUGACCACUCGUCCAAAGUAAAGAAAAUGUCUUGAGUUUUAUGAAUUGUGCUAGAGAAUUGUGCAACAGCAGACUACUUUCUCAAGCAAUAUUCAUUGGCUCAUCUGAUUCUCUAUUUGAAUUUCAUCCCAGUAGGAAGUCAAGAAACCUUUUGAACUUACUCCUCUGUAAUCGCAUGUACACACACAGAGCUCGAUCCAGAUUACAGAAGGAUCCCCAUGGGGCAUAACAGAACUCUGCCCCCACCCACGCACAUAUAGUGCAUAUGAGAAUACUCACAAGCAAAGCACCAGGGAAUGAGAGGCCACUGUUGUUCUCCCGUAUCCUGUUUUUAGUUAAGGAACAUGAAUUCUCAGUGCCCGUCGCCUACAAUGGCCUGAGGUGCUGCAUCUCUUGUGCUCAGUUAGGCCUCUAUAUGGACCACUUCUACACACAUGCCCUCAGUGGCGUGAAUUAGAAAGCAAGGUGCAUAAAACAUGGAAGCCCAUAAACACAUGGAAUAAUCUGGCAAUUGGCCAUCUGCAAAGAAAUAUCAAGACCCCAACCUCAGUUCCAGCCCCUAGUUAAUAGGAUCCAAUGAUAUAUCAUAUCAUGCAGAACACAUAAAUAUAUGCUGGUAUACUAAAAUCAGUGGGUAUUGUACUGGCCCAGUGAAAAGAUUUGCCUCUGGGUACUCAUUCCUAAAGCAAGCAGGCGUGUAGAAGCUGACUCAUACAGUCCCUAGUGCUGCCUACUAUUUAACUAAGUGCAUUCUUUAUAAGCUUGUUUUAAACUCUUUAUUCAACAGAUCACACUGAAUUUUACUCUAUUUCCCCUCUGGUCCCUGUUUGUCCAUUACAUGCCUGUAUAUUUGCCCAAGACAGAGAAAAUUGUUUAAACCCCCGUUGUACUCAGGAGUGUAAACAGCAUUACCGAUGUUUUAGCUCUACUUGCUCUUGCAAUGUGAACUUAUCAGGCUCUUGGUCCCUUUGAUUCUCAUUGGCUGUCGGUUUUUUUUUUUCUCUCAGGCAGGGAAUUUUCCCAGACCUGCAGUCUGAGAACAGCUUUUUAACCUGGAGAUGUCAGAGCCUGAGCCUGGGAGGGUCUGUAUGUAAAGCAUGCACCCUAUCUCAUUCUUCUAUAGCCUUUCCCUACAGUCAGAAUUUGAGGAGGGGAGUUUUUGCAAGGGCAUGGAGAAAUCCUCACAUGAACUCCUCACCUCAUAGAGAUAGAUGCCUUACAGGUCUGAUAGAAAAUUAGCUCUGAUCUUAUAUUGGUUUGUUGUUGGUACGCUUGUCAGGACUCCCCAGAAUUACCAUGUUCGCACAUCUAAUACUGAGAGAAAUUAUUACCAUCGCCUAGGAUGAAUACUGUUGCUUAAUUUUUAUUGGUUAAAUAACUAUCUGCUCUCCCUUACCUCCCAGCUAUUUAUAAACAGCAGGUGCAGAAGACACAGAAACAGUAUUAAAAAAAAUGUGCGCAUAUAAGCACUUAUUUUUUUUGUAUGUGUGUGUAGUUUUAAUACAGUCUUUGUAUAGAAUUCCAGCACUGUGAAACUGUAGAUGUAGUUUUAUUUACAGGAACUUUUUGUUUUGAAAACACAGUAUAAGCUGGCCUCUCUUGAACUGCAAAUCAUGAAUUAAAAAAAUCAUAUCAAGUAAAGCUGUUUUGUAAAUCAAAUGGUGAUCAAAUGACCUAAGAAAUUAUUAAACUUCUGAAACCUAAUAUACAA